AGCAAUCACAAAGCAUUCGCAAAUCGAAUGAUAUUUACUUGAUCACAGUAAUGAUCUUCUGUCCUCUAUUAUAUUAUUUCUUUAUCGCCAUGCACAUUUGAAACUCCAGAGAUAAUAGGAUGGCAUGGGCAAAUCAUACUCUGGUGUAUAAUUAUAAAACAGUCGAUCAAUGUGAAGAAUUUUGGAAGAGGUCAGAUACGCAUUGAGACGACGUGUUGCACGUUGCACUGCAUUAAAUAUUUAUCAGGGUCCUAUUCACGGCUUGUUUUCUGUCGCAGAGCGAGACAGUUGUUAAGAUAAUUUAGUCAAACCGGGCGCCUGCAAUAAGAGACUUUUGCAACGACGUGAGUGAACUUGUGGACGUCUUCAAAACUUGUUUACAUCUCUUUAUGGCAAGUUUAUAGUGAGACAUGACAACCGGUGGACUUAACAGUGGAAUUUCCUACACUGCGAUCUGGUUUCUCGUUGGAGUAAUAUGCAGCACCAUCAUACUGGUCAUCUUUUUCCUCUACAUUACAAAGAGAGCUUGUUUCAGAGAAUGCGAAGGAUGUGAUCGAUUUUUACAACCUGGGUAUCAAAGGGCUGGAGAAGGAUUAUCUCGAUCUUUCGAUGACUCCGACAGCGAUUCGUCCGUUGACAGCGCCGAAGAAACCAUGAAAACAAUAAGAAAGUCUAUCAGGAAAUCACAGUCAAUUCGUGGAAGCAGAGAUACACUCAAUUCUAUAAGAUCGGUAGAUUCAAAGUCGACCGUUGGCUCUGAAAAAAUGAGAGAUUUAGAAGUUGAAGAUGAGACGCACCGUUCACCUGCUUCACCAAGAUUGGGAUCUCCAGUUAUUGUUCUCACAACACCUCCGCGAGAAGACGAUCUAAACUAUGAAAGGAAAGAAGAAUAUUCCCCUGAAUAUACUACAGAAAGAGAAGCUGAAGAACGACGAAAAACUAUAUCAGGACCAACAUCUCGAGUCAUCCACGAAGCCGAUACAUUUGAUUUUCCCGAGAACGAAGCUUCGACAUCGCAAUAUCAAGGAAGAGCAACUAUGGGUAGUUUGAGAGAAUUUUCAAGAAAGCAAGCGAUACGAAAAAGUCCUCGAACGAGUCCAAGUUUAUCAUCUAGAAGUAACAAGUCACUAGCAACUUCCUACACUAGUUCGAAAUGGGGUCUUGGAGACGAAGAAAGUUUGUACAGGGAAGAACACAUAGCUUCCGCACUUCGGGAAUCAAGGGGUGAAGAUGAGCUGGCGAUGGCGCGGGAGGCAUCAAGGGACGCGGUUCGUCCUAUUGGUGAACUUGAUGACGAAGACGAAGAAAUGGAAGCACAUGCAGCUGAACCAAUUUCUGCAUGUGGAACGUUAGAUGUUGGAGUCCAAUAUUCUGUAUCGGAUAGUAAAUUGCAGGUUACUAUUAUCGAAGCUCAUGAUUUACCUUCAAAAGCGAGAGGAGGGUCGAGUUUUGUACAGGUUCGAACGGUGUUACUACCAACAAAGAAAAAGAAAUAUAAAACGAAAGUUCAACACAUCAGUUCACCAAGAUUUGCAGAGACAUUUAAACUAACAAGAGCUUCACCUGAAGAUUUAAGGGGACUUGCACUACGAUUGAGAAUGUAUGGCAUAGGGAAGCUUAAAGAUCGUCUGAUUGGAGAAGCAGUCAUUAGAUUUGAUGAAUUGAAUCUGAUUCGAGAUCCUCAACUAACAGUCCAACUUCAACUUGAACCAAGAACAAAUAUAAAUCGUGUCGAUUCUGAUACUUCACUUUCGAAUAUCGAUAGUCGGUCUUCAUCAAUGAUGAGUUUAUCUCACGGUGGAAGUCCACCAGAAUUACUCGUAGGAUUGUCGUACAAUCCACCAACUGGUCGAUUAUGCGUCGAAGUUAUAAAAGGAUCUCACUUCCGAAAUUUAGCAAUGACGAAGCCCCCAGAUACUUUCGUGAAAUUAUCUUUAUUAAAUUCUGCUUGCCAAGAAAUGUCGCAAAGUAAAACAACGAUAAGACGAGGACAACCGAAUCCUGUUUUCAAAGAAACCUUCUUUUUCCAGGUCGCAUUAUUCCAACUAGGCGAAGUAACGUUAAUGGUGAGCGUCUAUAACAAACGAACUAUUAAGAAAAAAGAAAUGAUCGGCUGGGUUUCGAUGGGACGAAACAGUAGUAGCGAACCCGAUGAACAACAUUGGCAAGAAAUGAAAGAAGGAAAAGGACAACAAGUGUGUCGAUGGCAUACACUUAUUGACACGUGAUCUUGCUGCUGUG